UCGGGGCGGGGCCCGCCGGGCGCGGGCGCAGGCGCAGGCGCACGGAGAGGCCGCGUGGGGCGCGGGGGGAGGCGGCGCUGGGCCGGAGGGGCCCGCGGCGGGAGAUUCCGGGGCGGCGAGAGCGGAUUUGCCUUCUUGGGAUCCCAUGGCUUUCCUGACUGGGCUCAGGGGCCCUCUCACCCACAUCAGCAGCGGCCUCGGCUGGCGCUGUUUCAGCACCACCGGGACCCUUGGAGCGAUUCAGAAGAUGACGCGGGUGCGCGUGGUGGACAACAGCGCCCUGGGGAACACGCCGUACCACCGCCCUCCCCGCUGCAUCCACGUCUACAACAAGAACGGGGUGGGCAAGGUGGGCGACCGCAUACUGCUGGCCAUCAAGGGGCAGAAGAAAAAGGCGCUCAUCGUGGGGCACUGCAUGCCCGGUCCCCGGAUGACGCCCCGGUUCGACUCCAACAACGUGGUCCUCAUCGAGGACAAUGGGAACCCCGUGGGCACCCGCAUUAAGACGCCCAUCCCCACCAGCCUGCGCCGCCGGGAAGGCGAGUUCUCCAAGGUGCUGGCCAUCGCGCAGAACUUUGUGUGAGCGGAGCCGGCCGCCGCCACCGCUGAGUGGCUCACGGGGGAGCAGUUCUGGAGGCCGCGCCCUGGCUGGAGGGGAGCGUGGGGUCCCAUGGCUGGGGAACAGUGUCCUGUGAGAAAUAAACAUGUUCACAUGUG